AUGAGGGACUUAAUUCUAGCUCUGACUUUAACCCUUGUGGGGAGUCAGCAUCUUAAUUAUCAACCUGAUUUCAAAGAAAACAAGGUUUACACAUAUGAUUAUGAAAGUGUAUUUCUCAGUGGACUUCCAGACAGAGGACUUGCAAGAGCUGGAAUAAAAGUAAAAUGUAAAGUGGAAAUCAGUGGUAUUGGGCCAAAACUUUGUCUUAUUAGGAUUCAUUCACUUGAAGCAGCAGAAUAUAAUGGUAUCUGGCCUAGAGAUCCAUUUGCACGGUCAUCUAAACUGACCCAGGCUCUUUCAGCACAACUCAGAAAUCCCGUCAAAUUUGAAUACAGCAAUGGCCGUGUUGGAAAUCUUAUGGCUCCAGAUGCUCUCUCAGAUGAUGGUCUUAAUUUCUAUCGAGGAUUUCUGAAUGUGCUGGAAUUCACCCUGAAGAAGUCACAGAACACAUAUAAUUUGCAGGAGGCUGGGAUCGAUGGUGUUUGCAAUACAACCUAUGUGAUUCAAGAAAACAAGAAAGCAAAUCAAAUCUAUGUGACAAAAUCCAAGGACCUAAGCAGCUGUGAUGAGAGAGCUCAGAUGUUUACUGGUGCUGCAUAUACUUGCCAAUGCCCAGCCUGCAGAGAAAAAAACAAGUAUUCCCGGGCAACCACUACUUACAAUUACAAAAUCAAAUCUUCCCGUGAGGAGGCUUUAAUUGUGCAAGCUGAUGUCCAAGAAGUCCAUCAGUUCACACCAUUCCAUGAGGUCACUGGAGGGGAUGCGAUAGUAGAAGCAAGGCAAAAGCUGGUACUGAGUGAUGUGGAAAAACACUCCUCAGAAGUCCCAUCAACAGAAUUCCGGAAACGUGGAUCACUUCGGUACCAUUUUGGCAGUGAAUUGCUUCAGAUUCCCGGCCAGUUAUUCAAAAUCAAAAACUUGGAGAGUCAGAUAGUGGAAAACCUGCGGUAUCUGGUAGAGCACACACAUGAGCGGGUUCCUAGUGAUGCUCCAUCAAAAUUCCUGCAGCUUGUACAGCUUUUCCGGGCAGCAAAUGAUGAUAUCUAUGAGUCAGUUUGGAAACAGUUUUCUAGCCGGCCUGUAUACAGGCGCUUGAUUUGGGAUAUAAUUCCUGCUGUUUCCACUCAUAGUGCAAUCAGAUUCUUAAGGCAUAAAAUUGAAAGGCAAGAACUCAGUGACCUGGAAGCAGCCCAGGCAGUGCUUGUAGGCCUGCAUUUAAGUACACCAACCCGUGAUGUGAUAGAGGAAGCUGUGCUCAUCCUGAAAAAGGCUCAUUCACGCUCAGAUACUUUACUGCACAGAAUUGCCUAUCUAGCCUAUGGCUCAUUGGUUCACAAGUACUGCUCCGUUUCGGACUCCUGCCCUGAGUCAGCUCUUCAGCCACUAUAUGAUUUUGCAGCUGAAGCAUCCAGCAGGGCCAAGGAGGAAGAAAUGGUCCUGGCCCUGAAGACCUUUGGGAAUGUAGGACAUCCAACCAUCCUAAAGCGCAUCAUGAAAUUUAUGCCAGGAUAUGCACCUGGUGCUUCUGAUCUCCCAGUCUGGGUUCAAAAUAAUGCAGUGAUGGCCCUGAGAAACCUGGCCAAGAGAGACCCACGAAAGGUACAAGAUAUUACCCUGGAGAUGUUCCUAAACCACAAGAUUAAUCCUCAAGUCCGAAUGAUUGCUGCCUUUGUUCUGCUUGAAACCAAACCAGGUCUUCCUGUCUUGGUGACUUUAGCUAAUGCUAUGCUAAAAGAACCUAGCAUGCAAGUGGCAACUUUCAUCUUUACUUCCCUGAGGGCUCUGGGCAGAAGUACAGCUCCGGAUCUCCAAGUCGUGGCCUCUGCCUGCAGAAUGGCUAUCAGAAUACUCAGCCCCAAACUUGACAGACCUGGCUAUCGAUUCAGCAAAGUUUUCCGCUUUAGUAUGUUUAGAGAGUCUCUUAUGAUUGGAAUGGCAGCCCAUUCAUUGACACUGAAUAACGUAGGCAGCAUAUUCCCAUCAAUAGCAUUGUCCAAAUUCAGGGCCCAUUUCGUUGGACACAUUGCUGAACCUUUGGAGGUGGGACUGAAAGCUGAAAGACUGCAGGAGAUGUUAGCGAAAAGACACUUAUCUGACAGUGAUUCUGACAGUGCAUUUGAUGUGACGGAAGUUCUGAAAACGCUCUCUGACUGGAAGGCACAGCCCAGUGAUAAACCUUUUGCAUCAGGCUACAUGAAGAUGUUUGGACAAGAAAUCCUCUUUGGUGCACUUGAUAAGGAUUCCAUCCAAACUCUAUUACAGGCAUUGUAUGGACCAGAAGAAAAAAUUCCCUCAAUAAAGAAAUUCAUAAAUCAUCUUCAAAGUGGUGUAGGGACCCAGUGGUCAAAAGCUUUGUUGUCUGCGGAAGUCCGUCGCAUCGUGCCUAUGUGUAUUGGAUUCCCAAUGGAGACAAGCUUGUAUCAUGCUUCUUUCACAAAUGUUGCAGGAAGUGUUCAAGCACAGAUUUCACCAGCUCCAAGUUCCGAUUUCAGACUGGCUGACUUACUUAAUGCCAAUAUUAAAGUGCGAUCCAAGCUGACCCUAAGCAUGGUCAAGGACAUGAUCUUUGUAAUGGGAACUAAUACACACCUGUUCCAAGCUGGAUUGGAGGCACAUGCUAAAGCGAAUAUAAAUAUCCCUAUGAACGUUGCAGCUACUCUGAAUAUUAAGGAUAAGAAUUUCAAAUUGGAAAUCCCACCAUGCAGCCAGGAAACUGAUGUUAUUACUCUAAGGUCUAAGACAUAUGCUGUUACACGAAAUCUUGAAGACUUAUCUGCCACUAAGAUGACGCCAGUUCUUCUACCUGAGGCAGUGCCUGACAUAAUGAAGCUGUCCUUCGAUUCAGGUUCCGCAUCAAGCGAGAAUGAUAAAAUAAGGGGUAGACUAUCUUCAGAAAUCAUUUCAACAGGAAACAUCUAUUCAGCUGGACAAUCAUCCCAACAGAAAGUACCAUCUGUUCGUUCCAUGUGCUUCAAUGCAAGUACAUUUGGAGUUGAAAUUUGCGCAGAAAGGAAAAGUGUGAAUGCUGCAUUUAUCAGAAAGGCUCCUCUCUAUUAUCUGGUUGGGGAGAAUGCUUUUAAACUUACCUGCAAACCAGUCCAUACAGGGUCAUCAAUUGAGAAAAUACAAGUAACAAUCCAAGCAGGUGCUCAGGCUGCUGCAAAAAUGGUGCGUUUAGUAAAAUUUGAAGACACAGAAACGGAACUAGCUUCCGACAAAGAGGCAAUUAAAAAACUGAAGAAAAUCCUUGAUGAUCCCACAGUCCAGGAACAAUCACUCGUUAGUCGAAAAGACAGAAAAUCAUCAUCCAGCUCUAGCAGUAGCAGCAGCAGCAGCAGCAGCAACAGUAGCUCCAGCUCAUCCAGCAGCCAGUCCAGCAGCGAUUCUCAGCGUAGGGCAGGGGGCCAGAUAAAGCUGAAGAAGAAAGAUGUAGCUUCCUUUGACGAUUCACUGGGCCCACCAAGCAAGAAACAGCAGAAGGGGCCUCAAGAACAUGAGCAGAAAGGGCCCCGCAGCAAAGGGCAUUCUAAAACCAAAGUAAAGAACAGCAGCAGCAGCAGCUCCAGCGACAGUACCAGAGAGAGCAGCAGCAGCAGCAGCAGCAGGAACAGCAGCAGCAGCAGCAGUAGUAGUAGCAGCAGCAGCAGCAGUAGCAGUAGCAGCAGCAGCGAUUCUAGCUUUGCACAUGAGCCCAAUUUCCUGGGAGACGUACUUCCACCUGGGCUCACCAUUGUGGCUCGGGCAGUUAGGAGUGACAACAAAAAUCAAGGUUACCAAGCCACAGCAUAUAUUAACUCUGCUGCUACCAAAGUCGAUAUGCAACUGGUUGUGGUUCAGCUUGCUGAAACUAACUGGAAAGCGUGUGCUGAUUCUGUAGUAUUGCCUCUCAAAGCACAGGCCAGGUUCAGGUGGGGCAAGGAAUGCCGGGAGUAUAGAAUUGAAGCAAGAGCUUCCACAGGCCAUAUUUCAAGGAAUCCAGCUGUACAGGUGAAGCUGGCUUGGACAAAACUUCCAUCCUGGAUAAGGAGGACAACUAUAACAACUAUGGAAUUUGUUCCUGGAAUAGCAUACCUGAUGGGCUUCUCAGAAGUGUAUCAGAAAAAUCCUUCUCAGGAGGUUGUAGUAAGAGCAGUUGCUACUUCACCACGGACAAUUAAUACAGUCAUAAAGUCUCCUGGGCUAACCCUUUACUAUGAGGCUUUCCCACUUCCAUUUGCUUUGCCUGUGAGCCCAGCUCCAGCUUCUCAGGCUCAAGAAGUGACUGCUUGGAAUUUCCUUCCAGAAAUAUCUUCACUGAUAGCUAAAGAAGAUCAAUCCACAUGUGAAGUGAGGGAAGAAAACUUCAAAACAUUUGACAAAGUGAAGUACAAAUGUUCAUUCAAUAAAGACUGCGACCUUGUAGUAGCUCAAGACUGCACUGCUCACCCCAAAUUCAUCGUCACGACGAGAAAAGUCAAUCCACAUUCUUCCUCCAGGGAGGUGUACAUCAAUAUUAGUUCAUCAAGUGUGAAACUCUAUCUUUCUCCAUCUUCCUCUAUCCUCGUGUCAUACAAUGACGGACCAGUGUUAACGCGCAGCAAAUUGUAUCAAAAUAAAAGAGAAAACAUUAAAAUUUAUAGAAAUGAAACAACAGUUGUAGUAGAAGCUCCAGACCAAGGGCUGGCGAAUGUGACUUUUGAUGGCUCGACACUUAAGGUUACUGUUGUUUCAUGGAUGAGAGGAAGGACCUGUGGUAUUUGUGGAAAUAAUGAUGGACAAAAGCAAAAUGAACUCCUCAUGCCCAAUCAUAGGCUGGCACACAGCUGCUCAGCUUUUGUCCAUUCAUGGGUACUGGUAGAAGAAACCUGCGCCAAAGGAUGUAAACUGCAACGCCGCUAUGUGAAACUGAAGGGACAUCCUGUUAUUGAUGGAAAGGAAUCUACAUGUUACUCUGUUGACAGGAUACUGCAGUGUAUGAAAGGCUGUACUCCAACUGAGAAAACCUCAGUUAAAGUUGGCUUCUCCUGUUUCCCAAAAGAUUCUGCUGUGAGCCUGUCUGACUGGCAUAGGAGCAGUGAUAGGAAAUAUGCAGCCGAGGACAUCGUGGAGUCUGUGGAUGCUGACAUUGACUGUUCCUGCACUGACGAUUGUAGUUCAUCUUAAUGCUUUAGCAAUGUGCUAUAGAUGUACUCACCCAAAUGAUUGAAUAGCUGGACAGCUGCAGGGGGAAUGCAAUAGCUGCGGUAAAAUAUUAAAAAAAAUGCUUUAAAAAUAGAUAAGCCUAAUGCAUUACGUACAAAGUCAAAUGCAUUAUGUACAAUAUGC